GGGAGAGGGUUAGACGGGUUAUUAGGGUUGUCAUCCUGCUCAACCUCCAGCCCCUCCUUGUUUUGCUGCUACCGAAAGCGAUGUUGUAAUGUUUACAUUUAGUCUAUGUUGCAUACCACUGCUGCUCUACUUAGUCAGUUUUUCAUUAGGUGCAUACUUGUGGGUGCAUUCACAAGCCUAGAUCUGCCCCAAUGCUUUGCAGGGAAGCGUUCAAAACAGACAAAGACAUUAUUUAUUAACUCCUACUUGACAAAUUGGGCCCGAUAGUUAGCUUGUCAGGCCUAAUACAGCUUGGUAGUCCACAAGCAUCACAUCCAAGCUUUUGCAGCUGCAUUCGCUGGCCUACAAACACAUAGCUGAGAAACGUCGUAUAAAAGCUGAUGAAGGAUGUUUCUCACUUGGUCAUGCAAGUGCAAUAUUACAUAACUGGGUAGCUGGGUAGUCUACAGUAGGACACUGUGGCCUCCUGUGAGAGUCAAAACAGACUGUGUGCCACAGUACACAGAGUUACAGCCCUAAAGGCAGGGUCUUCUGCAAAAUAAACUCUUAAUCUAAUUAAUUAAAAUGCAUGUUUACUUUUGGUCGAAAUUGAUGACUUGGCCAGUAAUGUUUUUUGUUGUUUUUCAAGGGAGACAAAUUGCCACAAGAGGGAUGUUUUAGUUGGGAAAUUCCCAAACUUUCCAGGUCGGUUAUACUAAAAUAGUUAAAUACUGCAUUCCUCACUUGGAAAGAGUUUGAGCUAAACCUACUCUUAUUAUUUUAAAUAAUAGUAAUUAAAGUGUUUAACAUUAAAGUACUCCUCAUGCAAACUGUCCCCUGUCGGUAUUACUGAACACUACUGGAUCAUACCAAUGCAUUAUUAUGUUCUCGUAUAAGUUCAGGUGGAGCUAUAAUUUAAAUUCCUUUAUACACUGCUGAGUAGAUUAACCUACUUAAUGCAUAAUGUUGUAUAAACUGAUUUAGUAUGUACAAUAUUCACUUGAAACAUAACUAGCUGUUAAUAUAGUGGAAGAAAAAAGUGUAAUAGUAUCUCAGAAAUUAUAGCACAUCCGACUAUACUAGAGUAUCUUAGUCUUUCAGAUCGACCUAUAUGUUAGUUAAUCAGUCACCAUGCAAAUAUAGAGUUGCCUGAUGCAUGUGCCUGAAUACUCUGAUUGUAAUCUAGGCUGUUUACAAUAAAACAGAUGCCUGAAUGAGGUCAGUUGCUUAACUAAUGCACCAAGUUACUUUCACUGCGGCCUAUUACUCCAAAAACAACAACUUUGUGAUAUAUGUGGCAACAAACACCCGGAACAGCAGUAUAUUUCCGUCCCGUCCUGUUAGCGUUAGGGAUAUUUAAUUAAACAACGUUAUUGUUGACCCACCCCCCCCACGACCUCUUGUAGCUUAUAAACAAAGCGUGUUGUUUACGCGCUACAAAUAACAACAGGAAACUGCUUGUUUUGAUACAUUGUAGCCAAAAAGACUGUCUGGACGUUCGCCGUCUGUGUUUGCUGCACGCUGAUUGGCCCGUCUGGAAAAAAAGGAGGCGUGGCUUCGUCAUAACAAUGCAUUUCAAGGAACACACACGCGCCAAGGAAUGUCCGUUCCACCGUUCACCGUUGGGUUUUUUAAGCUAACGUCACCUUUUGCACACGUCUAACGGUUUUUGCUGCCGUUAACGGUUAAGGGCCAUUUUUACGGUUUGUGGAGAAAAAAACACCUCCUCCUCCUUCACCUCCUCCUCCUUCACCUCCUCCUCCUUCAGCAGUUUGGAAGCGUGUGUUAGCUGGCUACCGCUAGCGAGCUAACUAGCAGCUCCGUCCGACGUUAACCCAAAAAAAAAAAAAAAAACAGACAAAAAAAAAAUCAGUUUUCUCGGAAACAGCAGUCGGUUGAUUUGUCUUCGUAACGUCAGAUCCCGUCGGGUGAUGGUACCAGUCGGUUAAGAGGCGGUUUUACAUGCAACAAUAACUUGAUGGGACUCGACAUUUCGGAGGCUGAAACACCUGCCGUCUCCCCUUCUCACCGAGCAAGCAAACUAGCUCAGAAAAAGGUUAAGACAAUCAGAGGCGACACACGAGUGCCUCCACCGUACGGUUUCCUUUCCCAGAGUGUGACUCGUCUGCACGACGUCACCAAUGCGACCAUGGGAAAUAGCAGUAAAUAGGCUGCCACCAACAGCCCCCUUAAACCCGAGGAGGUUCCUUGGAGAGCCCUGUAACGCCCCAGUGCAUCUCAGGAGAAGCCCACCAGUGAGACGCCAGUGGGGGAGACGAGACAGACCGGUACUGCACAGUUCCCUGGUCCAGGAUGAGAACUUCCACCAUCUCCUUUUCUCCCAACAUCACCAACAGGUUCCUUUAGAUGAGUCCAGACAAUACAGCCACACCAGCACACCACCACGCAUGCUUCACCCUGCUGCUCACCUGCCCCAGCAGAGCCCCAUCAUGGUGGAUCUACACGACCAGAUGCACCAGGGAUCAGUUCCGAUAUCAUACACUGUUACAACGGUGACGACCCACGGAUUUCCCAUCCACACCGGGCAGCCCCUUCCAGGGUGCAACGCUCAGCAGCUCCCAGCAUGCUCGGUAAUGUUCAGCGGACAGCUCUCUCUGCUCUGCUGCCUUCCUCCUCCUCUCAUACAGGCAUGUACCAUGCAGCAUAUGCCAGUGUCUUAUCAAGCCUUUCCACCCCUGAUAUCCAGCGAACAUUUUGUAUUGCACCCAACCCCAUCCGUACCCCCCCACCAGCCACCGCACCUUACUCCUUUGAGUCAGUUUGUCCCUUUACAGCCUCAGCAUCCACGCAUGCCUCUACAGAGGGUAGAGAAUGAAGUUGACCUAAGAGGGGACCAGCACCCAUUAGGGACCUUCUCCUACCCUCCCUCUCAUCACCCACCAGCGCUGCCUCCUUCUCUGCCCUUACAGUAUCUUCCUCAAGAGCCGCUGCAUCAGGAGCUUCCCUUUGGAGUGCCAUAUCCCCACAUGCUGCCCCGGCGAGUGAGUGGACAGAGAUACCGGCUGCAGCAACCUCUCCCCCCUCCUCCUCCCCCUCCAUCAUACUACCCAGGCUUCCUCCCUUACUUCCUGUCAAUGCUUCCUGUGCCUCCAACAGCAGUGGGCCCAGCCAUCAGUCUAGAUCUGGAUGUGGAUGACGUAGAGAUGGAGAACUAUGAGGUUAGUAGGGAUGUCGCGAGAACCGACGCUUCGGUACCAAGACGGUGCCAGGUGCUAGUUUUUCUGCUGUACCGUAAGUACCGGGAAUCAAUUCUUCCUGACCUGACGGAGCGCCUCCUGUACAGUCUGGUGACUGUCGCACUGCUCUGCAGAGAAACACAGAGUCAUUCACAACAAGCUCUGUCCACAUGCAACACACCUGCUGCUGCUGUUGUUGUUGUUUUUUUCACCAAUAGUAUCGAAUUGGUGUUGAGAAUCAUGAAUUUUCACUGGUAUUGGUAUGGACUACAAAAUUUCAGGUAUCGUGAAAUGCUUUGAGGUUAGAGUGAUGUUUUUUUUCACACAUUGAAUAUAAAUUAUAUACCAAAUGGAUGGAGAGGAACUGUCUCCAUUAGUGUGGUCAUACAUGUUCAAUCCGUUGACAUGAUGAGAUUCAAAAAUACAAAAGUAUUUCUCAUGUUUUAUAUGUGGUCAUAAAUUCUAAAAUGUUAUAGGUGUGACUAAAAAUGGAGCAUGUGUCCAUUUCAUUGUAUUUUACACUCACCGUGUCUCUCUCUCUCU